AAAUGCGCCUAUUCCAAGGAACUUUAAGUCGACAUCGCAAAGUUGCUGUCGAAAACGGACGUGCGUAUCAAAUAUCGAAAUGUCAAAAAUAGUUUUUAGUUUCUUGAUAUUGGCGGCUAUAGUUGAUAAUGGAUUUUCCAAUGCGGUGUCAUCAUUAACGAAAUGUAAAGCAGUUGAUUCGGCAUGUAUCCAAAAGUCGUCUCAAGUCAUGAUACCGAUCUUCGCCAAUGGCAUACCUGAGUUGGGAGUCGAACAGCUGGACCCAUUGACUUACAAGGGCACCAUUGAUACCAGCACGUCUGGACUGAAGCUGCUCCUGUCAAACUUGACAUUCACGGGAUUGAAGGACUGCGUUAUGAAGAAAAUUCAACGGGACGUCGUGAAAUCGAAUCUUGAAGGACAGGUGCUGUGCGACGUAGACGUCAAUGGACACUACGAAAUGAAUGGAAAACUUCUCAUACUCACAGUCCGAGGACAAGGCAAAACUCAUGUCUUUCUACGUAAAAUCUUGAUCAAUUUUGACGCCACCCUAAGUGACAAGGUCAAAGAUGGAAAAUCGUACUGGGAUAUUAAAAAAUUCACACAUUCCUACGAAUUGGAAGACAAAGCUGACGUCGAAUUUGAGAACCUAUUUACAGGAAGUGAUGUGUUAGGUCGUGCUGCCAGUCAAGUCAUAGAAAACAGUGGCAAUGAGAUUGUGAUCGAAGUCGGCCCUCCAGUGGUCAAGACAUUGGUCACUAGAGUCAUUGCGAACGUCAAGAAAUUCUUCAACCACGUCCCACCAGAAGACCUUAGUAUAGAUUAAACUAUAAUAUAGAUACCUACCUAUGUGAGACAACUAAAUUCUAAUUACCUAAUGUGAAUAAUGUAUACCUAUUGAUUAGGAAGAAAAAAAGAGUGGAAUAAACCCAUGUUUUGCAUUUAAUUUAAAAAUAAAUAAAAACAACCUUCAAUAUCUCGUGUAUGUUUUUUGUAUACUUAAGACUUUAAAUACAUACAGUGACUCAUGAGUGCUUUGAUGUCAAAAUAAAACUAAAGUCAUUACAAGCAAAAAGUAUUAAUUAAAGUUAUUAUUAGUAACGUU